GAGGUGACAGUGCCUCAGAGAGGGUGUGGCACAGUUUGUGUAAGUAAGAAAACCUGUCUAACAACUGAUUAAGUAACUAACUAACUGACAGUGAGAGAUCAAAAGUGCGUGACAUAAGUUAAAGUAUUGGAUAAAAGAUAUUUCAUGCAAACAAUCCUGUUACACCUUGCUCAAACUGCAGUAUUUAGUUUCAAAGGUUACAGCAUGCAGGUUGUUUCAUUUAGCAGUUUUGGACUGUAGAUCACAUAACACAUCACAAAAUGAUUCAUUCAUGCUUUAAAUAUGUUACAUUUAAACCUCAGACCCUAUUACUGUUCCCCCUUAUUUAUGAAUCAUGGACGACAGUGGUUGCUUUAGUUUCCAUUAUGUUUAAGAAACAGAGUAGAGUUGCAUCAUACAUUCGGCAAGGCAAGGCAAUUUUAUUUAUAUAGCACUUUUCAGCACGUGGCGAUUCAAAGUGCUUUACAGAUUAAAAGCAAAAAACAUUUAAGAACAAAUACAGCAUACAUACAUUAUGUAUCUACAAAACAAAACUGCCUCAUUUUCUGUUCUCAGAUUAAAAGUCAUAAGACAUUUGUAUUUAGUUGUACUUCAUGUUCGAACCAAUCUUGGAAAUAAAACUGGUAUAAAGCGCUAUUCUCGUCACGGAUGGAAUAAGAUGCAAAAAACGUGAAAAGAUGAAGUUGUUAUUCCCUAUUUGAUGACUUGAAAGCAUUACACCCAGAAAGUUCACCCUUGACCUUGUAAACAAUGAUCACAAACACCAUAAGGUCAAUUAAACAGCCGUUCUGGAUCUUUUGAUCAUAUCGCAUGAUUCGUUAGGGUAUGGGUGUUGGCCAAAUUGUCAUGAAAUUGUAAUUUUCAGAGACAUUUGAGGACAUCUCAUUCACUUUGGCUUUAAAGCUGAGUUUUCAUCCUUGAUAAGUGUGAUAUGAUGGAUUAAAAGCCCCAAAACAGCCCCUCAAUGGACCUUGUGCUGUUUCCGAGGCCGAGAAAGGAGACGAGGAUUGUGUGACACAAUCAAAAUACCUUGAAAAGCUUUGAAAUGGACCUGCUCAUGAGACUGGUUUUAAAAAUCAGGAGGCCAUUAGACCCGUCUGUUUGUGAUCCACUGAUACAAAGAAGAGGUUUGGAAACCACAUGUAGUUAUCAGGUUUUAUGGUUAUUUAUUUUACUGAGUCACAGUAUAUGUACACAGGAUUUUUUGCAAAGCAGAGUCAGAUGAAGCUCAAAUAAAGUUUAAGUUCAUAAGAUGUGAGAGAUUGACCGAAGAGAAUGUUAACUGCUUGUAUUUAGCUUUGGUGGAUGUAAUAAUAACAUUAGAUAGGUCUACAGUAUCUCUCUAAUCAUCCUCUUUUUUAUCCCCAGUCAAAGCUAUGCGAUGGAAACCUGUGGAGAUUUGCAUUUCAUUAUGAACACGAGAAGAAACAUUUGAAUGUGUGUGUGUGUUACUUUGUUUGUGUGUGUGCUAGCACCAUGUAGGUCAAGAUGAUGCAGGCAAGAAAGCAGCCAUGUGUACAGGGUGCAGAGUGGACUAAAAGUUGAAUUGAAUGUUCCUCAAUACUUAUAAAUGACGGAAACAGUUUUAGUUGUUUAUGCUGACAUAUUUAUGACAAUCAAAAAUGGUCAUGUGACGGCUCAGUUGGCCGUUUAUAUGCAUAGUAUAUAUUUAAAACAGGAAUAUCAUGAACAACUCACUUUUGCUGUUCUUGUGCACCAUGUGGGCAGCCGAUCUAGAGUGCCUAUCAAGCCAUACUGUACAAUUACAAAUAUUGUCAGUUUUUUUGGUGGCAACCUUAGUUAGAAAAGAUUUAGAAAGCCAUUUGAAUUGCCCCCCUUCCUAUGUUAUAUGCAGGCUCAUUAACAUGUACUGCCCCCAGACUCCUCUUACAGCCUGAGAACCAGAGCAAAGUUGUGCCAUAUGUUUCUCAAAAGCAAAUAAGAGCACAAUAUGCUUUUUCCAACAUAAAUACAGGUGUAUUAAGAUAAACAGUAUGAUAAAAAAAAAAUUUUUUGUAACUUUACAGCAUGUAAAUAUGUUCUAGUAUGAACCAAAAUAUGGGUAUAAACCCGAAAAUGAGCAAAAUAUCUCCCCUUUAAUGUUUUGGGUUUUAUUCUUUAUUGAUACAAAUGAGUUGGAUAACAUAUUACAUCUACAUCACCACCAGGCGAGUCUUUUGAAUACGAGAUAAUCUGAGAGCCUGCCUACAUAAAAACACUUCACCAGCAUGUGAUUUAAGUAAUGUCUCAUCUUCAUAUGUAAAGUGAUGGCUCAUCAUGUUUAUCUCCUCACACUUUCAUCCAUGAGGCACCAUGAUCGCUGUUCCUCCAGCUUGUGGCAGCAGUGCCAUCUCCUGCUGAGCUAAGCACAGAGCAUAUUAGCAGCCUGUCAUGCUGCUGCUGAGCGGAUUACACUUCAUAUUUAGCCUAUUCUACAUUGCAAUCCUGACCUGGCACACACAUACACACUGAAAAAUGAAAAACAGAAGGCUGAUUGAUUGUAAGAAAUACGGGCAAAUCAAUAAGUCAGUCAAAAUGCAGCAUUCAAAGCACCAGUCAUUCCCUUUCAGUUUUGACCUAGAAUGCCCCCCACUUUUUUGAAUCACACUGCUCAUUUGAUCAACUGUGUCUGAGCAAAGCUGUCAUCAAAUCAGCAUAAAAGAGGUCAAUAUAAACCUGUCAUUAGAGAGAAAGUGGGCCUUUAUUUACCGCAGUAGGGACAUUCAGGAGUUGAAUUAUCAUCUGCUUUACACUGCUGGAGUAAGAUCACAUAUUUUCUGCUCUGACUUUCAUACAGAUCUUGAAAUACAUGCAACAUUAUUCUCAUUAGAAUAUUCACUAUACUAGAGCUUAUUCAGCCUUAUUUGUGUUUAUUUGAGAAUAUUGUUGGUGAUGAUGCACAAGAGACAGCCUGCUUCAAUAACUGUACCUGCACUGUGAAAACCUGAACUCUUGCCAAGUCAGUUUGUAUCAUUUCUAGUCAGAAUGUCUUUACACUUGAUAUAAGACAUAAUAACUUAAGAACAAUGCAGUGAGAUAUAGGGUCUUGUUUUUAGAAAAUGCAUCUUAUGUAUCUUUUUAAGUCAAACACUCUCGAAAAUAAUUUAUUUAGAUUUGUAUCUCAGAUGAAACAAGUUUUUUAAGCUGCUAUGGUAUUUGUAAAAGAUGGAUCAUCUUGUUUCAAGAAAAAAAUCUUGCUUGAUUUAAGAAAACAAAUGUUAUUGGACAAUCGCCAACAGAAAUCUUUGGAGAAUUUCUGGUUUAUUUUGUAACACAAGAUGUCCUGAUUUUCCCCAGCUAAUUACAAUAUAUAUUUAUCUAAAUAUCCCAAACUAAUCUCAAUAAAUCUUACCAAACUAUUUUUCACUUAUUCCAAGCGAAAACACCUUGUUUUUAUUCAUCUUUUACUUGAUUUUGGAGCAGCAUUUUUUACAAUGUGUGCCUUUUUGUGCAGUCUGUGACGCAUGUGAGUUGCAUUUUAUGUAUAAAAGGUGCUAUAUAAAUGAAAUGUAGACAUGUUAAUAUUAGGCAGACUGUAGUCUACAGGAAAAAAUAUGAUCAAUAUAAGCUACCCACGCAUUUGCACGAGUGUAUCUAACGCGACCACAACAUCUGCAAGAAACUAACCAGCGUUAAAAUAGAAACACGAAAAUGGGUUGAAAAAAAUCAGUUUCAGCUCAGUGUUGUGAGACGCCUGCAGCCCCCAGAAGUGAACAGCAGGCGACCCGGAAGGUUUGAAGUCCGACUGAGAGCAGGCAGAAAGAAGAGUCUAAUCCUUUAUAAAACAUUUCUUCCCUCGCUGGUUCAGGAUGGCUGAACCUCGCUUUAACAAUCCCUAUUUUUGGCAUCCACCUCCUAAUAUGCCCGGCCAGCUGGAUAACCUAGUCUUGAUCAAUAAAAUCAAGGAGCAGCUGAUGGCAGAGAAGAUCAGACCUCAGCAUCUGCCCGCUGCCUCAGCCCCUUCCCAACAGCCAUUGCUGCCUCCCUUCAUCCAGGCGGAUGGCAGCCAGCACGGGAUGUCCAAAGCUCAGCAGAUGCAGGUUCUCCACAGCCAUAGCCCGUCCCAGCCUGAUAUCGCCCUGCACGCCCGCCCCGCCUCCAGCUCAGUGACAGGUCGUAUUCUGGGAGAUGUAAACUUGAAUCUGGACGAUAAGGCAGCUAUAAAAGCCAGAGGAUUAUGGGAAGACUGGCAUCUGCGCCAACUCAUCGAUCCCUCCAGGACAAACCAUGUCUCAGGCAUGUCCUUGUCAUUACUUUUGAACCAAUCAGGUGUGGCGCUGGCCUCCAGAACAGGCAACCUCAACACCUCAGAGAUAAUCACCCCCAACACCCCCACCUUGAGCAGCCACAGCCGGCUGGGCGGAGCCCCAAUGCCUCACCUCAUCACAGGCUUAGCUUGCAGCCAUGGAAUUGAGUCUGGAAAGAACAACGGCGGCCUCGUAGGACUCCUCGGCCCUCCUCCGAAGGAGGAACGAGGGCGGAAGAGGAUUAAAGCAGAGAAUGGGUCGUCUCUUUUGGUAGUGCCCUACCCAAUCCUAGCCUCAGGCAACGACCAGUCAUGUGCCAGUAUUACUAGCAAACCAGGAAAAACCUACAGGUGUAAAAUGUGUCCGUUGACCUUCUUCUCCAAGUCAGACAUGCAGAUCCACUCCAAAACACACACAGAGGCCAAGGCUCACAAGUGUCCUCACUGCACGAAGUCAUUUGCAAAUGCAUCGUACCUGGCCCAGCACCUGCGCAUACACCUGGGCAUCAAACCUUACCGCUGCUCCUACUGCGAGAAAUGUUUCCGCCAGCUCUCCCAUCUGCAGCAGCACACCAGAAUCCACACAGGUGACCGACCGUACAAAUGCGCCCAUCCAGGGUGUGAAAAGGCAUUUACUCAGCUAUCUAAUCUGCAGUCUCACCAGAGGCAGCACAACAAAGACAAGCCCUUCAAAUGUUCCAACUGUUACCGUGCCUAUUCAGACUCUGCCUCGCUGCAAAUCCACCUGUCUGCACACGCAAUAAAAAAUGCCAAGGCCUACUGCUGCAGCAUGUGCGGCAGGGCGUACACGUCGGAGACGUACCUUAUUAAACACAUGUCCAAACACACAAUGGUGGAUCAUGUGGUGUCCCAUCAGUCCCCGCAGCACAGGACAGAGUCUCCGUCCAUCCCUAUACGGAUCUCCCUCAUCUGAGCUCCUCACCCGUCUCCAGCCCUCCCAUCAGAGACGAUUCCUGUGAUAUCCUCUGAUGGACUUCAAACCCUAAAAUUGGUUACAGAAAUGUGCCAGAUCAUAUGAGUAUCUUGUGAAAAGGUGCCCUUUUAAUGAGUAUUUCCUCCUUACCUUUUUUGCUGACCAGAUAGUAUUAUCGGGGACAUCCAAAGAUGACUUCUCAGCACUUUCAGGCCUGGAAAUGACAGGCCACAAAAUGUCUUUUUCUAUGUGACUUCACAGUAAAAAGAAAAAAAAGUAUUGCUCCUGGCAGCUAAAGUACAUUUUUUUUGUGUUAUAACAAAAUAACAUUGUGUUUUUUUUUUAUAUGGUACAUUACUUUUUAUCAUUGCAUCAAAAAAAGUCUUCCGUUAGCUGAGUGGCCAAGUGAUCAUAAAGGUGAAUGCUUAUAUAACGUGUAUUCAUGUAAACUGUGCCACUUUUUUAUGUCAGUGUGUUCAAGGCUUCACCAACACGUGGCCAUAAUGCCCCUAAAAAAAUGUAAUGUUUUAACCCUGCUGUUAAGAUUGCGCUGACCAGGAUGUGUAACUCAUAUUUAGAUAAAUCGAUAUAUUUAGUUUUACAUAUAUUUUGUAAUGUUAUACAAAUCAGUCCUCAAGUUGAAAUUGGUACAUUUUAAGAAAUACUUUAAUGUUUCCUUAAAUACAAGAAUUGUCCAAAAAAACGCAAACCGCACAAAAAGGGAAUUGAAAGUGUAAUUGACGCAUUGAAUGUGAGAGCUUCUGAUUUCUGCUAGUGCAGAGAGAGAAAUAAAAAUAUGUUUUUUUAGACGUCAAAGAAAUGGUAUACAUUUGUGCCAAAGUAACCAAAAUAUGUAUCAUUAUUGUUUACCUAUUAAAGGGAAACAUGCACUCAGUGCUUUUUGUCCACUUCGGGCGUACAAAUGCAUAAAUGAAGUGACAAAAAUAAAUGUUACCCCUCUCUGCUGCUGACAGAUGUAUUUCUGUCCUGGAAAACAUUGAUGUUGACGUUUCUUUUUAGUUUUCAGCUAUAAUGUAUAACUGAAGCACUUCUUUUGCCAUUGUUUUACAAAUGACACCUUUGCCAUUUUAUAUACAUUCAAGCCUUAACUUUGUUACCGCUCUAGGGUCCACGCUGUUGUUUUAUCACUUUCAUUUGCCUUUUAUUUCAUGGCAUGAUAUAUACUGUAAAUAAGCUAUAUUACCUGUCAACCUGUUUUAUAAUAAAUCAUUCUAUAAU